CUGCCGGCUGAGCUGCGGGCGAACGCGCCUUUCUGAAAGCAGUUGAAUGGUCAGACCUUAGGAAGAGCAGCUCAUCUCCCCGGACUCGUAGUCUGCCUUCGCGCGGUGUCUGCACCGUUAGCUUAAAUCGAGUUGCUGUCGCGCCGUGACAGCAGGCAGCUUCUCCCACGUGCUGGCCGUACGAUCCGGCCGCACUUUUCUACUAGGAACACCGCCAGCUCAUGUCGGUCUGCUUUCCACAGCGUGCAGCACCGCCCUGAUUCACCACAGCGCUCUGCUGCCCUUAUCGUCGUUGCUCACCAGUACCCAAGCUUGUCUUCAGACAAUCAGAGCAAAAGCAAAAAAAACAGCAAGGAGGAAGUGCUUUUGACUGGCAAAAACGAGAAAAAGAUCAAACACACAGAGCUUGAAAUGGUUAAUGAUGUCCUCCAUCUCUUCCACACUGCCAAUCUUUGAAAGACCCAGUCUUCCACCCAAACUUUACAACCAAAAACGGAAAAGAAAUAAGGCUUACUGAAAUACUAUGGGUAAGAACUUUGAAGGAAGGCAGUUUACUGGCGAGAUUAAAUUCACACCACCAUUAUACAAACAACGCUAUGAGUUUGUUAAAGAUUUAGUAAGGAAAUACAAACCAAAAAAGGUGGCAGAUUUAGGAUGUGCUGACUGUACACUUCUCUGGAUGCUGAAAUUCUGUGGUUGCGUUGAAGUGUUAGCUGGGCUAGAUAUCUGUGCAGCUGUGAUGAAAGAGAAAAUGCACAGGUUAACUCCUCUUCCUGCUGAUUAUUUGGAGCCAUCUGAGCGAUCCUUAACUGUGACUUUGCAUCAAGGCUCAGUUGCUCAUAAAGAUCCCUGCAUGCUUGGUUUUGACUUGGUAACGUGCAUUGAACUAAUAGAGCACCUGCAAGAAUCAGAACUAGAGAAGUUUCCUGAAGUGGUGUUUGGUUUCAUGGCUCCAAGCAUGGUUGUGAUCAGUACUCCAAAUUCAGAAUUUAACGCAUUGCUUCCAGGAGUGACUGUUUUCAGGCAUCCAGACCACAAGUUUGAAUGGGACCGAGCACAGUUUCAAAGUUGGGCUCAAGGUACUGCUCAACGCUAUGAUUACUCAGUGGAAUUCACAGGUGUAGGGAACCCCCCAGCAGGAAUGGAAGACGUCGGGUUCUGUACCCAAAUAGGUGUGUUUGUUAGAAAAUAUCCUCAAACUGGAGAACCUGUGCAGUGUGAGAAACCCACUGAAGCAGCUUACAAAACCGUCUUCAAAGCAGUGUAUCCGAGCCUUAAAGAUGAGAAGUACCUGCAGAAUGCAGUGGUCGGUGAAGUUAUGUUCAGAGCACAAAUCAUUAAGCGAAGUCUGCUGGACCAUUUACUGUCAGAACAUGAAGAAUAUGACGAUCCUACAGAGAGAAAAUUGAAACCACAAUGUUCAGUGAACUGUUUUUCAGAAGAUUUUGAAACACUGGCUGUUGAAAAAAGCACGGAGCCGUUUGUCAGUGGAAAUGUGGUUUAUAUACCUCUGAGAAAAAUUUUUUCUUUUCCCAAAGUAAAUCAACUCUGUGGCACUUUUGAGAAGUUUUGCAGGCUUAUUACUGGCAAGGUCACACUGAACAGUGAUUGUUCUGCUGUGAUGCUUGAUACUGAAAAUGAAAAUGAAGAGAAUUAGAUUGGUUUUCUUACUUCAAGUUCAGUGUAAGUAAUGAAAGCAGUGAUUUUAAUAGCUGUAGAUUGGUGUGUUCUGUAUGCUAACUGGAACCAUAAAAUCAUUCCUAAACUGCUCAGAAUAUAUCUGCCAACUUUAUUUUUUCCAUGAAUGCCAACCUGGCCCCAGUUUUGAAAACCUGCAUUUUUGUGCCACCAGAGGUUGUUCAAGUCUGCGGUUUGUAUCUCUUUCACAGUAUCUUUGGUGGCUUGGAAUGAGCAAGUAUUAAUGUAACUAAUUUCAUGCCUGUGAAAGAUGUUUCACACCUUUCUGAAAAAUUAAAAACCAACCAAAAAAGGUCUACGUACUGUUUCUUAGAGAGGAUGGCUACAUUAUAUCUUCUAAAUUUUUGGAAGACGUGAAAAGAGACAGCUGUAAUUCAGUGUAUAAGUGGUUAAUGACUCCUAAUCCCCAUUCUUUGUAAAACGGUUCAUUUUUUUUUUUUUUUUUUUUAAUGACAACUUUGACAAAGAUAAAUUCUUACAUUUGUUCUUAUGCCUUUU